CCGAUCUACGCGGGUGUGCUAAUGCUCCGGAGGCGAGUAUCCAGCAAGCCGCGAGGCACCAGGCGAGCCGGAGGAUAGGUGCUGGUGCUGGCGCUACUGCUUCGGGGCAGAUAGCUGUGCAAGUGGCGGCCAUGGACGAAGAGGAUGGUGGCGGAGAUGGGGAAAUGGCCGAAGUGCCUGUGGUCAAGUCGGCGGAACGUCGUCGGCGACCCGGCCGGGAACAGUGGUCGAACAAAACGGAUUUUCUCAUGUCGGUGAUUGGAUUCGCCGUGGACUUGGCCAACGUGUGGAGAUUCCCGUAUCUAUGUUACAAAAACGGAGGAGGGGCCUUUUUAAUACCAUAUUGUACGAUGUUGCUGGUCGGCGGAAUUCCUUUGUUUUACAUGGAACUUGCACUUGGACAAUUCUAUCAAACGGGCGCUAUAACCUGCUGGGGCAGACUUGUUCCUCUGUUCAAAGGCAUUGGUUAUUCGGUGGUUUUAAUAGCGUUUUACGUGGACUUCUACUACAAUGUGAUUAUAGCAUGGGCUCUGAGAUUUCUGUUGGCUUCGUUUACCGACAUCCUUCCGUGGACCACGUGCGACAACGACUGGAAUACCGUGUUCUGUCAGCCUAUGACAAUAUGGUCAAACGAAACAAACUAUGUGGACAACGUUACACUGUUGGCAAACGAUUCGCGGUUAGCGUCUGCUUCUUCGGAAUACUGGUUACGCAAAGUAUUGGAGUUAAAUCACAGCGAAGGGAUUCACGACUUGGGAUACAUCAAAUGGGACAUGGCGGGCUGUUUGUUCUUGGUGUACUUGAUAUGUUACUUUAGUCUGUGGAAAGGCAUCUCGACAUCGGGAAAAGUUGUCUGGUUUACCGCGUUGUUUCCGUAUGUGGUGUUGAUAUUUUUACUGAUCAGAGGAAUUACAUUACCUGGUUCCGCCCAAGGCGUUAGAUACUACCUUUAUCCGAACUUUUCCAUGAUUGCCAAACCUGAGGUUUGGGUCGAUGCGGCUACACAAGUGUUUUUCUCACUCGGCCCCGGUUUCGGUGUGCUGUUGGCUUACGCCUCGUACAAUAAAUACCACAACAACGUACUAAGAGACGCGUACUUGGCGAUCAUGUGCAAUUCCGUCACCAGCUUCUUGUCGGGUUUUGUGAUUUUCACCGUUUUGGGUUAUAUGUCUCACGUGUCCGGUCGGCUAAUUCAAAACGUGGCCACCGAAGGACCUGGUCUGGUGUUCAUCGUUUACCCCGCUGCCAUCGCCGCCAUGCCCGGAUCGGUGUUCUGGGCUCUGAUAUUUUUCAUGAUGUUGCUGAACUUGGGUCUGGACAGUUCGUUUGGCGGAUCCGAAGCAAUUAUAACGGCCAUGAGCGACGAAUUCCCGUUGAUCAGGCGCAACAGGGAAAUAUUCAUCGCUUUGCUGUUCUUGCUGUACUUCGUCGUCGGUCUGGCUUCGUGUGCCCAAGGUGGAUUCUACUUCUUCAACUUGCUCGAUCGCUACGCUGCCGGAUACUCAAUGCUCGUGGCCGUGUUGUUCGAGACCAUAGCCGUGUCUUGGAUUUACGGUGUGGACAGAUUUUGCGAUGAUAUUAAAGACAUGAUGGGUCAUUUGCCCGGCGUGUACUGGAAAUUCUGUUGGCGUUUUGCGGCACCGCUCUUUUUGAUAUUCAUUAUCGUGUACGGACUUAUCGGUUAUGAACCGCUGACUUACGAGGGAUAUGUGUAUCCAGCUUGGGCUAACGUUUUGGGAUGGAUCAUUGCCGGCAGUAGCGUGGCAAUGAUACCGACAGUAGCGGUUUACCAGUUUUUGAUAACCCCUGGAACUACCACACAGAGAUUGAAAAUUCUGACUACACCUUGGCGCGAUGAACACGACGACGAUCCGAUUUCUAUUAACGGUUUGCACAUACUCACGGAUCCGGCACAAGUGAGACUCACAAGUCCCAUGGCCUCUGUUGAUGUUUAGUGAGAACAGUUAAACUAAAAAAAAAAGUAGUAAAGAAAAUGUAGUGACGAGUAAAAAGUAGACUAUUAAUUUAUAUUAUUGGCUGACACUUAGUUAUUAAGUAUAUAAUAUUUUAAGGUAUUAUAUAGAUUAGAGAGUGAUGUUCAAUACAUUAUAAUAUUAUUAUCGACCAAAGUAGUAUUGCUUAGGUACUUGUAACGGUAAAAACUUUAUAUAGUUUAUAUAAAGUUAUAUAAACUAUAUUUAAUACCCUAUUUAAACAAUUUUAGUUAAUUAAAAAAAAAAAAAAAUUGUACCUAGUACUAGUUGAAGUUAUCUAUACUACAUACACUCAUAGCUAUAAAUAAGCAUAAUAUAAUCGAUUUGAGUUGUCGUGAGUAAAUUAUACAAAUUUAACCACGUUUUAAAUAUUAGGUGUAUAAUAAUAUAAUAUCGCAAUUAGAUCAAAUUGAUCUCAUGAUUAAAUAUUUCGUCGUUAACUAU